AUGUACGCUCCUCGUCAUCUUUGUCGGCGAGCUCUUUUUACGCGCCCCUUCCGUCGAUGGACACAUUCACUUCCUCAGUAUAGUUCCGUAUCUGAAGUUGACCUUGCUCAUUUUUCCAAGAUCCUCCCCCCCUCCGCUAUUCUCUCCACCCUCUCGCCAUCCAUUACACCUGCUUCAGAGCUCGAGCCGUUUAAUAAUGACUGGAUGAAUAAGUAUCAUGGCCGUUCGACGACUGUCCUGAAGCCGCGCAGUACUAAGGAAGUUAGCGAGAUUGUCAAAUGGUGCAACCAACGCCGCAUCGCUGUAGUCCCACAAGGUGGAAACACUGGCCUCGUCGGCGGAAGUGUGCCCAUCCAGGACGAGCUAGUUGUUAAUCUGGGCAACAUGUCAAACAUACGUUCAUUUGACGAUGCGUCUGGAAUCCUUGUAGCAGAUGCAGGAUGCAUCCUCCAAUCGUUGUCAGACUAUCUGGUACCGCUUAAUCACGUCGUACCGUUAGAUUUAGGGGCAAAAGGCAGCUGUCAGAUUGGUGGCAAUGUGUCCACUAAUGCAGGUGGACUACGAUUACUUCGAUAUGGUUCUCUUCAUGGGUCUGUACUAGGACUGGAGGUCGUCUUGCCAGACGGUACAAUCCUCGAUCAGCUCACUACUCUGCGCAAAGAUAACACUGGCUACGAUCUGAAGCAGCUGUUCAUUGGCGCGGAGGGGACCCUUGGCAUUGUGACUGGUGUCUCCAUACUUACAGCCGCCGCCCCGCAUGCAUCUAAUAACGUCAUGCUUUCCCUACCUGCUUUCGACAACGUUCUUCCCCUUUACAAGGAAGUCAAGCGGCAAUUGUCAGAAAUUCUUUCGGCGUUUGAGUUUAUUGACAGAAGGGCGUACGACCUUGCAGUAAAGCACGGACAAGGCCGAGCUUUGGACGACAGAGAAGUAGAGGGCGCAGAGUGCUUCGUUCUAGUCGAAACAAGUGGAAGCAAUCGAGAGCAUGACGAAGAAAAACUCAAUAAACUGUUGGAGAAUCUCAUGGAGGAGGAGCCUUCCCUCAUCAAUUCUGGUGUCCUUGCGACAUCCCCUGCUCAGUUCGCUUCGCUAUGGGCAAUCCGGGAAGGAUUGACGGAGGCUAUGUCGAAGGAAGGCAAAGCAUAUAAAUAUGACAUCUCCGUUCCACUUCACAAGUUCAAGGAAGUCAUUGACACGACACGGGAGCACCUACGAUCUAAGGGCCUCUUACAUCCUGAUGCAGUGAAGCAUGUUGUUGGAUACGGUCAUGUUGGUGAUGGAAACUUACAUUUGAAUGUGGUUGCCGAGGCGUACACGCCAGAAAUCGAAGCUGCAUUGGAGCCGUUCGUGUAUGAGCUAGUUGCGAAAUACAAAGGAUCCAUAUCCGCAGAGCAUGGUAUUGGUGUUAUGAAGACGCAUGCGUUGCCAUAUUCGAAGAACUCGGUCAGCAUCGAGUGGAUGAGGAAGAUCAAAAACCUCUUUGACCCCAACGGCAUCAUGAACCCAGGAAAGCCUAUCUUUCAGGAUGGGAACGGUCUCGCCAUCAAGUUUUUCAUCCAGAAGGAUAUCCUCCAGGAAAUACAGGCAGACGUCUGUGAAACCAUCGCGGCACUCGGUGGGAGGGUAGAAGCGAAGAUGCCACGCGCUGGCUAUGUGCUCAUUCAACCCGGUACUCAAGAGGAGGAGCGACUACGCCUUUGCUGGACCUCCGCUGACCGCCCGGAACGCUUCUUUGUACCUUAUACGUUUGUCGAGGCUUGCAAAAUUCACGGAAUGCUCUUGAAGCAAAUAUUUAUACAUGAAGGACAACCUAUUAGGAUGCAUAUUGACUCAAGCAUCGCAAACAUCAACGUUCGAGCCACACUAAGCGCUCGCAUUAUGCACUCGGGCGGUGAUCCCACUGCAUCCGCACAAUCCGCAAGAGUUGUUCUCGCAGACCCUAAUACUGAAGUGUUUCAACAUCUAGUAAAAACAUAUCAAGGAGAGCCGGAGAAAUAUGUAGAGUCCUAUCUGUGGGUUAAGAAAUGUAUAGAGAAGGGCCAAGUCAUCUAUACGCCAGUCGUCUACAAAAAUCCUGGCGGCCGACGUCCUGGAGAAGAACGUACACAAUUCACUGAGCAGGACGAGGAACAUUUGUGCAAUUGGAUUGCUGCUAAAAUCCCGUAUAAAGAAACCGGUGGGCGUACAGGAAAUCGACUGUAUCAGCAACUCUGUGAGAUGGCAAGUGAUCCCGAAUAUGCUUGGGUCACUCGUCACACAUGGCAAUCCUGGCGAGAACGUUAUAAGAAAAACUCUGGGAGGCUCGAUGCAAAAAUUUCCGAUAUCGUAGAACAAAAGAAAAUUGCGCAUGGAGAGAAAGGACAGUACGGGUACGUCCGUAAGCCCGAAGAGAAGCCCAAACGCGUUCGCAAGAGAGCUCGUGGCGACUCAGUUGGGGAUGUCAACGGUGCAGGACCAUCAAAUCAACAAGAUGAUAUGCAAGAGCUCGAAAGCUUCCCGCCAGUUCCAAUGCCCGUUGUUGCUGGGGUUCUACAAGCUGUCCCCAACCCAGCCGUAUUUCCAACAAUAUACUCCGGCCCUUCACCAACGUUUCCGUCGAUGCCAGCAAGUAUUGGUUUCACAGAUGCACAGCGUCCGAAGGCCAUUGCCGAGGAGCUGGAAGAUGACGAGAGUGAGUGGCAGAUACGCGAGGGAGACCCCAAUGCACCUCAACCCACGUGGGCAAAGAAAAAGCAAGAGGACAGCGAGCAAGAACCGAGCAAGAAGAGACGAAAAACGAGCAGGAGCAAGAGCGGCAGUCCGGUGAAUGAAACAGCAGAAGAAAUGGGAGAGCCCGAAAUACACGUCCUUGAUCAAGCCGUCUGGGAUAUCGCACAGGAAUUCCGUUUCACUCUCGAAGAAGUGAAGGAAUAUUAUGACAAGUGCGGCGACAUGGAACGUACGAGAGCACGAUUUAAGAGAAUGCGCGACGCUUUGUCGACGCUGCAAGACGAAGAUUUGUUGGGCUCUUGA